GUAGUUAAGAAUUUUUACCUUAUUUUAUUUUAUACGUACCAAUGUGAAUGAGUCUUUUUACAGCAGAAGCAACAUGGGUCGAUGCGCAUGCGCACUUAGAAUGAUACCGUCUCUUCGCAUAUGAUGGCGACUGACAACUUUAAAACAAUGGAAGAAGAAAUAGUAGUAGAUGAUGUAGAUGAGAACAGUAGCACGGAGACUCCACAAUCAGAUGAUCCAACAACACCCGUUAUGCCUUUAUUAUAUAUUCAACAAAGUAAAUUACGUUCAGUACCACCAACAACCACAAAUCAGACUUUGGUUUCACCUAAUGCUACUCAAUUGGCUGCUAUUAUCAAUCCAGUUAAUAAUCAGAUUGUCACUGGACAGAAUAAAGUAUUUAUACAAGGACCAAGUCAGGUUACUACUUCUCAAAGUAAACAACAUAUUGUAAUUCAUCGGCCAAUUAAUACUGUCAGUACCACAACAACUUCACAAGGUCAGAAACAUAUAUUACUUAGAAAGUCCAACACAUCUACUGCUCAGAUUGUGCCCUUAAGUACUUCUCAGGGAAAUCAAGCCAAUGCACAAGCAGGCAAGCAUACGUUUGCAUAUCUCGGGACUCUCAUUAAACCAAAUAAAUCACGUGAAUCUGUUGUUAUUCCAGCAGGAGCUUUGACUACAACUCAAAUAACCAAACCAAAAUUAGUAAUAGCACCAGUUAUAUCACAAUUAGCUCAAACUUCAACAAGCACUACUACAGGAUCUCAAAGUCAACCUCCAAAACAUAUGGCGAAUUUAUUAUUACCAGUCAGUAUUCCCCCACAAAAUGUACCUCCUAAAUCCAGUAUGUUUAAUUUAAAAAUUAAUAAUGGCCAAAUUAAUACUGAUAGUAAAGGAACUAUUACUGUGCUGCGAGAGUCAAAAACUACAAAUUCAGCUACUCAUCCACCACCUUUGCAUCCUAUUACAAAAAUGAGUUUAUUAAAUGCAAAUAAAGGAAAUAAUAAUUCAACAGAUAGUAUAAAAAUUACAGAAAAUCCAGAUUCUGCUGUUAUUACUCCCAUUCCAAAAAAGGAUGAUACUGGUAUACCUGAAAAACGGAAAAAGACGAUAAGCAAUAUAUUAAGAGGAUCGAGUGAAAAACGAAUGAAGAAACAAAAUCUUUCAAAAUCUCCUCAAGAUAGUAUAGUUGAUGUAAGCUAUGCACUAAGUAGUCCAGAAUCAGAACAAGAUAAGGAUAAAAAAGUGCAAAAUGAUGAUGAUAUUACUUUGAUUAAAGUAGUUCCUAGUGAAGAUAAAACUAUGAAACUUACUAAUACUAACAUGGAUGAUGAUAUAAAAAUUGAGAUUAUUAAAACGCGCACAAGUUGUGGUAUUGAGUCAAUAACAGACAAUAAAAAUGAUUCUAAGAUUAAUAUAAAUAACCACGAAGAUUUGAAAGAUCAUUUAAAUACAACACAUGCGAAUGAUUCGAAUUUUGAUGCAACAAAAGUUUUAGAUUGGAAAGAUGGUGUUGGAACUCUUCCUGGAAGUACAUUAAAGUUUUGUAUGAAUGAAUUUGGUAUCAUGGAAGUAGUAGAUGAAGACGAAAAUAGCAAGCAAAGUAAAGAUUGCAUUGGUGACAAAGAAAAUGUUUGUUCGACUCAGAAUUCUUCUAAAUCUAGCCCUGUAACUGUUAAUAAUAUAAACACAGAGAAGAAAUCUGAUGAUAGGAAAUCUAGGACUGUUUCGGCGGAUACAAUGUAUCAUUGUGAAGGCUGUGGAUGUUAUGGAUUAGCUGCAGAAUUUGAAAGUCCAAUAUCAUGUGGUCCAACAUGUACAGAAAUAAUAGAAGCCAAAAAACAACCUAUUUUACGGAAGGAAAAAGAUUUAAAUAGAGAUUUACGUGCGAAACGUAAACGUAAAAGAUUACUUCAAGAACAACAACAGUCGAAAGAAAUAGAAGAAAAAUCUGAAGAUAAAGUUCAGGACAAGGUAAAGUCUGAAACAGAUGAGGAUACAAAAGAUACUAUCACAGGAAUAGAUGAUGAAAGUCAAGGAGAUACCACUGAAUCAAAGUAUCCUUGGCAGACAGGAAAACUCGGAUUUUCAUGGUCUAAAUAUCUUGAACAUUGUAAAGCAAAAGCUGCACCUGUUAAAUUAUUCAAAGAUCCUUUUCCAUAUACUAAAAAUCAUUUUAAAGUUGGAAUGAAAUUAGAAGGAAUAGAUCCUGAACAUCCAUCACGAUAUUGUGUUCUUACAGUUGUUGAAGUAGUAGGUUACCGAAUACGUUUACAUUUCGAUGGAUAUUUAGAAAAUUAUGAUUUUUGGGUAAAUGCAGAUAGUAUGGAUAUCUUUCCUAUUGGUUGGUCAGAAAAAAAUGGACAUCGAUUAGAUCCUCCAAAAGGUUAUGUAGCUAGUAAUUUUAAUUGGAAUGCAUAUUUAAAAAUUUGUAAAGCUACUGCAGCACCAAAAAAUAUAUUUUCAAAUAAAAGUUCCGUCUGUCCAACUGGUUUCCGUGUAGGAAUGAAAUUGGAAGCAGUUGAUAGAAAGCAUUCAUCAUUGGUUUGCGUAGCUAGUAUAGCAGGCCUAAUGGAUUCUCGCAUAUUAGUUCAUUUUGAUUCUUGGGAUGAAGUAUAUGAUUAUUGGGCAGAUGCAAGUUCUCCAUAUAUUCAUCCAGUGGGAUGGUGUCAUCAUAAUGGUCAUAGUUUAACGCCACCAAAUAAUUAUAAAGAUCCCAAAUCUUUUACGUGGGACGCAUAUCUUAGAGAAACUCGUUCUAUGGUUGCACCGGCGCGAGCUUUUAAACAACGACCACCUUGCGGAUUUAAACGUGGAAUGAAAUUAGAAGCAGUUGAUAAACGUGUGCCCCAACUUAUAAGAGUAGCAACUGUUGAAGAUGUAAAAGAUCAUAUGUUAAAAAUACGAUUUGAUGGAUGGCCAGAAAAUCAUGCCUACUGGGUUGAUGAUGAUUCGCCUGACAUACAUCCCAUGGGUUGGUGUAUGAAAACGGGUCAUCCUUUGGAACCACCAUUAACUCCGGAUAUAAAUGAUAGACCAGAAUGUGGAACAUAUGGUUGCAAAGGAAUAGGUCACGUGAAGGGUCCUAAAUAUGCAACACAUAAUUCUGCAUCAGGAUGUCCAUAUUCACCUCAAAAUCUUCACAAAGUUAGACAAUUAGCUGAUAGGCUUAAUUUAAAACAUGAAACUUGCGAUUUUGAAGAUGAUUUACAGGAUAGAUCAAAAACAGAAAAGGCUGAUAAAAUAAAAAUGGAAAAAUCUGAGAAGCUAGAGAAGCCAUUAUUUUCGGAAGAUCGGUUAAUGAAAACUGAGAAAGAUAUUAAACAAGAAGAUGGAGAUUUUUCUGAUAAAAAUGACAAGUCUGAAAAUUCGGAAAAGUCUAGUAAGUCAAAACAUCAUCAUAGUGAUGGACAAACGGAUGAUGAUGAACUUCUAAGGAAAAGAAAAAAAAGACGACAGAUUUCUGAGGAACCUUUAUAUUCUCUUUCAAAUUCAUAUGGUGAUUCAUCAUUAAAUACUAUACCUUAUGCCGCAAAUAUGCCUGAUAAACAAUUGCGUACGGAAUUAUAUCAAUCUGUUUAUAAUCCUGGAUACAAUCCAUUACCGGAUGCUCCACAUAUAUGGGCGAAACAUAGCAAUGCUUUAAACAGGGUAGUAGCAAAACAAAAUACAAAUCCACGAAGGUGGUCGAAUGAGGAAGUUAUUAAAUUUAUACAGAGCGUCCCUAAUUGUAAAGAAAUUGGAAAUAUCUUUAGACAACAUAAUAUAGAUGGAGAAGCAUUUUUAAUGUUAACUCAAGAAGAUUUGGUAUCAUUAUUGGGAUUGCGUCUCGGUCCUGCAAUUAAAUUGUAUAAUAGCAUAGUUCUUUUACGUCGAAGGGCAACGUGAAUGAUAUGCGAUGAACGCAUAUAUAAUUGGGUUUUAAAAAGUGCAAAGUGGCAGCUAUCUUAAUGAUCGCAUCAAAUGUAUUUAUGAAAAACAAAAAAAGAGAGGCUUAACAAUCAUUGAGAUAGGAAUGUACCUCCUAUCGUAAUUAGAACUUUACAAAUGAAGGAGGAAAGUGUAAUAAAUUUUAAUUUAAUGAUGUAAAAGACAAUUAUUGAAGUGAAAGGCAAUUAUGUGCUUGAAGUUGAAAUGGACAAUUUUUAUCCGUAUGUGAUCACGAGAUAUAAUUAUAAUUCGGACAUAUGGCCAUGAUGAAGUACUUACGAUUGUCCGUUUUAAUUUUUUCCUAUACAGUGCAUUCAAUCAUGUACAAAUGUAAAUAUUAAUAAUCUUAAUAAUUAAAUAUUGUAAUACAAAAAAUAUAAGUAGUUUUUCGAAGAAA